AGCGGGCCGCUAUUUUUAUAUUUGAAAUUUACUGUGAAACUUAACCUCUUAAACAGUUUUGACAGUACACAAAUGUAAACGUUUCAAAAUGUUUCAAUUAGUUAAUUUGUACAGGUCCCUAUACUAAUUAAUUAUUAUAUUAUAGACCUUUUAAAGUUGGAAAUAAAAGAAAUUAACAAAUUUCUUGUAAUGUGUAUUAAAAUAUGAAAUAAAAUAUGUUAGGGUUUCUUUAAUCUUAAUGACAAGUAUAACUGCUCUUGUUAAAUUAUAUUUGAGAUUGACUAGGUGACUCCACCGUAUUAAAAUAUUCUAAUAUUUAUUUAUGAAAAUAAUGCGUUUUUUAUUAUCUACAGUUUUAACUACAUGUGUUAUAAUUGCAUCAACACAAUUAUUUAAUAUGGCUGCAGAAAGCACAAAUGUAUGUAAGAAUUUAUCUGAUUCUUGCACCAAUUUCACAAAAGCAUUUCAUGCAGAAUUAUCACUUACCAGUGAUGGAAAUAUUGUUACUUCUCCAUUAAGUUUGCAUAUGAUCUUGUCUUUGCUUUCUGAUGGUGCAAAAAAUGAAACGUUAAGCGAAUUAUCGUCUGCUCUUCAUCAUCAUGACAAAAAUUCCAUAAAAGAAGGCUAUACAUCUCUAAUAACUAAUUUAAAUGAACUGAACAGUACUAAAUUAUAUAUUGCCAAUGCAAUAUAUAUUCAAGAAGGAUUUGAAUUGUUAGAAGAAUUUUUGACAACAGGAAAAAGUAUUUAUAAAUCUGUUAUUUCAAAAUUGGAUUUUAAACAUAACAAAGAUGCAGCAGAAAAAAUUAACACAUGGGUUGAACAAGCAACAAAUCAUAAAAUUUCUGAUCUUGUGUCUUCAGAUGAUUUUAAUGAACAUGUGAAGUUGAUAUUAGUAAAUGCAAUCUAUUUUAAUGGUAUGUGGUUACAUAAAUUUAAUGUUAGACAGACACAAAAAAAAACAUUUUAUGUGACAAAAAGUAAACAAAAGAUGGUAGCAACAAUGUUCAAUAAAUCUAGUUACAGUCAUGGUGAAAUACCAACAUUGGAUGCAAAAUUUAUUGAAAUUCCAUAUAUGAAUGAAGAUAUCGUAAUGACCAUAAUAUUACCCAAUGAAGUGGAUGGACUUUCAAAUUUACAAAACAAUUUUACAUGGGAAGUUCUUGAAAAAGCAUCUAGAACAAAUGUUGACAUUGAAUUGUAUCUUCCAAAAUUUAAAAUAGAAUUUAUGGUGGAUUUAGAAGAUAUUUUACGCAAACUCGGCUUAAACAAAAUGUUUCAAGAUAAUGCAGAUUUUGGGUAUAUUUCAAGUGUACCUUUAAAAGUUAGCAAAUGUAUACAUAAAGCUAUGAUAGAAGUAAAUGAAGAAGGUACAGAAGCUGCAGCUGCAACAGCUGCGCAAAUAAGACUUCGAAGGAUGAUAUAUACGCCAGAACAGUUUUUGGUUGAUCGACCAUUUAUGUUUAUAAUUGAACAUAAACCAUAUAACAUACCACUCUUUAUUGGAAGUGUAAAAGAUAUUGAAUCUGUGUCUGAAAAAGAUGAACUAUAAAUUAUUGUUUAUAAAUAGUGCCCAUAUUUAUAGCUUAAACUAAUAGUUGAUGUGCAUAUACACUUUUUGUUAUACAUUCCAUGUAUUAUUUAAAAAAUAAAUCUACCUUUUCUUAUUUUACAAG